CAGGCCUUGACCUCCACAGAAGCCACACUUGCAUUUGACCCCAAGGACUACAUCAAGUCAAUUCACACCCAUAGAGUGAAAGUGAUUGAGAUCUUCAGUGAAGCUCCUCCUACAACAAUCCACCAAUAAAUGCUGGAGUCAAACACACAGAGAAAUCACUCCAUGUGUGACAACUGAAAUCUUCAUGACAUAAUGUUGAUGCUGGUGAAAGAGGAGCUUGAGAAGAUGACAGAUCCACAACCAUGCAGAAUAAAGGAUGAAGAUACUGAGAAACAAAUAGAUAUGAUGGAAGUGAAAGAGGAGAGUCAAGCUGAAGUGGAUGAGAAACAUCAGAUUGUAAAAAUAAACCAUAAUGUUUCACAGAAAGAAACUCUGAAGACAGAAGACAGAAAGUGUGAAACGAGUUUCAGUGAAGAUGAACUCCCUGCAGAUCACAAGAGGACUCACAUUGAGGAGAAACCUUUCACAUGUCCUCAGUGUGAAAAGAGUUUCAGAUAUAAAAGUAAACUUGAGGCUCAUGUGAGGAUUCACACUGGCAAGAAAGCAUUCAAGUGCCACCAGUGUGGAAAGAGUUUCACCUUUCAUUCAGGCCUUUACCGGCACAUGAAAGUUCACAGGGGAGAAAAGCCACACGCGUGCCAGCAUUGUGACAAGAGUUUCCCAUUUACAAGUGAACUUAAGAUACACAUGAGUUCUCACACUGGAGAGAAAGCACAUGUGUGCCAUCAGUGUGGAAAGAGUUUUGCAAGUGUAAGUGUCCUUAACAGACAUUUGAGGAUUCAUACCGGAGAGAAACCUUUCACAUGUCAACAGUGUGGAAAGAGUUUCAGAACAAAAGGUCACCUUAAAGUACACAUGAGGAUUCACACUGGAGAGAAACGACACGUGUGCCAUCACUGUGAAAAGAGUUUUAUAACUGCAUGUGAACUUAAGAGACACAUGAGGACUCACACUGGAGAGAAACCUUUCACAUGUCAACAAUGUGGAAAAAGUUUCUCUGUUGAAAAUAACCUUAAGAUACACACAAGGAUUCACACUGGAGAGAAACCUUACAGAUGCCAUGAGUGUACCAAGAGUUUUCAAACAAAAUCUAACCUUAACUCACACAUGAGGAUCCACACUCGAUAGAAACCAUUCAUGUGUCAACAGUUUGGAUAUGGCAACACAGUUUAGAAAUCAGCUGAGGCAUUAUUAAUAAAACGGUCUGGAGGAUCAUUACUAAAAGUCUACAUGCACACAAAAGCCCAAAAUAUCAGGGACACGUUUCAAUAAGGAGGUUCAACCAACUCUGAGUUUAAACUUGAACUCUGAGUUCAGAUAUGAAACUCUGAGAUUUCGGUUACAGAAUCGCUGAUCUGAGUUAGUUCAAUCGACGUAGGUUAACUCUGAGUUAAGCGCGUGCAUAACCACAAUGAAAAGCCAUCAUCAAUGGAGCUCAGAUAUUAUGAUUUACCAUGGCAACAGCACGUGACAAAGAGGUCUUAAUCAUUUUUACUACUAAAACUGAAAGUGUUACUGCAAGUGUACAGUAACUACGAGCUAUAUUUUAAAGAAAGUAGUUGUUAUUGGAAAUUGCUACUCUAGAAAAUGCGUACAUUUAAUUUUUCAUCACAGUUAAAAUAUCAGAAAUAAAUAAACCGAGGACUGUACGUUAUUAUAUUCAUUUUCAUGCAGAUGUAAUCCCAUGGACAAAAAGAUGACAGUAGCUCAGCUAAAAAUUAAAUUAGACAUAAUACUUUGGCAUAAAAGGCUACGAACCUGUCAUGAAUAAAACAGAAAUACCCCAAGGCGGUAUUCGAACUCAGAUCGCCGAGAAUAUGUCAGAACAAACCACUGCACACAGCACUAUCCACUAGACCAGCGAUAAUGAUGACUGAAUUCAUAAGAAAUGUAAAGUCAACUGUUCAGAUGUAAGAGCACGGCCACAAAGACUGAUAUUAGUGACGUAAGGAUAUUUAUAUAUCUAAAAUGACUGCAAAAAAUAAUAAUUUCGCUCACAUAAAUGUAAGUGGAUAUGACAGAAAACCACUUGGGGUCUCAAAAUCCUCUCGCGAUAUAAAUCUAACUUUCUACAAAUAAAUGCAGCAUCAUCUACAGGAUCCUCUAUAAAAGUACAUGACAUUUUAGUCACUUAGACGGUGUAUGCACCUAAGUAUAUCAUAUUAGCUUUACAAGUCAUUUAAAUGUACUGUUUUAAUUAUUUAGUUGAAAGUUUAUUGUAAUUUAUAAAAAUGUAAAGUAGUAAGUUAAAAUGGUUUGCACUGGCAAUUUAAUAAUAACUUAAAGACAGCUAAAAAUAUUUUACAGUGUACAUAAUAAAAAUGUGCGCAAUGAAUGAAUGUACUAAAGCAACUAACAAGAUUAAACACCGCUACUCCUUUAAAAAAGCGGAGGAGAACACAAGAAACUCUGAGUUUACUAAAUAAACCUGCUUCCGACCAGGUUAAGUUAGGUUCACAAGUUACCCCAGAAACAGACUCUGAGUAUAAGCUACCUCUCCUUCUGAAACAGGGUUGACUUACCCCGCUAUCUCAGGUUUAACCUAACCUCCCAUUUUGAAACGGAAAACUCAGAGUUUCCCUCAUUUCAGGCUUAACAAACUCUGACUUUUCACUUAACCACCUUUCUGAAACGGGCCCCUGGACUUGUGUUCUUGUGAAACGUCAACAGUCGUGGCCCAAGUACUGUUCCAAUUCACAUGAAGCCAAGUUCACAUAACAGGAUGUGUUCUUGAUCCGCUCAUGUUAUCGAGGACAAUACAUCAGGAGGUGACUUGUGUGGACUUAUAUCAGCCAAGUUUCACAGACCUUCAAAUCUGUGGUCAGUUAGUAAAGAUAGGACCUAAUAUUAAUAUUUCCUCUGACAAUUUUGUAUAUUUCAGUUCAAGUUGAAUUAUUAAGAUAAAAGUAACUUUCCUAACACUGAAUGUAUGUGAGAUUCUUUCUGUUUUGUGACCACAGUUCCAC